AUGCCGCUACGCAUCAAUCUGCCGCCGCUGACACGCGGUCUGCUGCUCGUCGUCAUCACGCUGUCCCUCCUCAACGCCGUCUUGCGAACGAACAAAUGGAGGAACUCCCUUGAUUCAUCUCCUUCAGCCAUCGCCGCGACCAACUACCUCUCGAGCCCGCAAUGGGCCAUUUCCUACCUUGUGCUCAUCCCCACGAAGAGCAUACGAUAUCCGUGGACCUUCUUGACGGGAGCACUGGUGGAGAACAACCUGGUGUCAAUGGCCAUCAGCGCAAGCGUGGUCUACUUUGGAGGGAAAUACCUAGAGCGAGCUUGGGGCAGCAGAGAGUUUGCGAAGGCGAUACUGUGCAUUACUAUGAUACCCAACAUUGUCACCUUCUUUCUCUACGCGCUGUGGCAUGGCAUUACAGGGCAUAGUCCUGAAUUUCCAACACCUCUCAAUGGUCUGGUAGCUCUUGAGGCUGGCUUCCUCGUGUCGCUGAAACAGUUAGUGCCGGAACAUACUGUGUCCAUUUUCAAAGGCGUCAUCAGAAUGCGCAUCAAGCACUUUCCGGCUGUAUUUGUCUUGGCCAACAUGCUCUCUGGACCACUGCUAGGGACGGACACGGCAUUUUGGCUAAGUCUACUUGGCUUCCUCACCUCGUGGAUCUAUCUGCGCUUUUUCCGGAUCUCAGAGAUAUCAAGCACAGCUACGGGUGGGGAAGGCUCAGUCAUGAAGGGAGAUGCCAGCGAUACCUUUGCGUUCGUUGCUUUCUUCCCUGAUCUUGUCCAUCCCGUACUUGCGCCCAUCUGCGACGGCGUCUACAACACCUUGGUGCAGUUGCGACUUUGCACACCGUUUUCGGAUGAGGCAAUCGAGGCUGGCAACAAGAACGCUGCGUCACGAUCGGAAGCUGGACUGCCAAGCAUAAUGAACAACAGAGGUGGCAGCGGUGGAGGCGGCCGGAGAGCUGAAGCCGAGAGGCGACGAGCUCUUGCGCUGAGGGCACUCGAUCAGAGACUCAGCGCUGCUGCAGCGAAUCGCACAGCAAGCCCUGCGCCGGCUGUCACAACGAUUCAGGCUACUCUCAACCCCGAGAAUUCUAACGCAGAUACUGGCGCUGGAGAAAUACACAAUAUUGCACCUGCUAAGGAAUACCAGAUCUAA